AUGGAGGAGGAGCGCUGCUUCAACAACUGGGAUCUGGACGCCGUCGUGCGCCUGGGCUGCCGCCGCCGCCUCUCCCCGCCGCGCCAGCCCGACCCGUUCGCGUCGUUUCUGCCUCCGCCGCCGCCGCCGCCGCCGCAGAAGGAGAAGCCCGUGGUGCCACCGCCGGCUAAGGAGCCAGAGCCAGAGCCAGAGCCAUAUGCCGGGUGGCGCUUCCCUGACCUCGGUGCUGGCGGCGGGCAAGACGGCGACGAGCUCCUGAGGGCUCUGUUAGCCGCCCAGCCUCCCCCGCCUCAGCCUCAGCCUCUGCCGACGCCAACGCCAACGGCAACGCUGCCGCCUCCCCCGCCGCCACAGCAGCAUCGACAGCCGGCUGUGGCAGCGGUGGACGUGCCGCUAACCCAGGUGCGCCCCGCUCCGGCGAGGGCGCAGCCCAGCGGGCGGCAGGUGCCCGGUGGCGUGCCAAGAUCCAACAAGAGAAGGAAGAACCAGGUGAAGAAGGUGGUCUGCCACGUUCCGGCGGACGGCUCGUCGUCGGACGUGUGGGCGUGGCGCAAGUACGGCCAGAAACCCAUCAAGGGCUCUCCCUACCCAAGGGGAUACUACCGUUGCAGCAGCUCCAAGGGGUGUGCGGCGCGGAAGCAGGUGGAGCGCAGCCACGCGGACCCCAACACCUUCAUCCUCACCUACACCGGCGAGCACAACCACGCGGCGCCGACACACCGCAACUCGCUCGCCGGCACCACCCGCCACAAGUUCCCUUCCUCGGCGGCGCCUCAGCCGCCGCCGCCGUCCGUGGUGGUGGGCGGCGCCGGCGCCGUCCCCGGCGACGCACAACACCAGCACCAGCAGCCGAGCCCGAGCCCGACGUCCACGUCGACCGCGGGGCUGUCGCCCACGACGCCGCUGCGCAUGCCGUCCAUGGAGGAGGACGAGGAGGAGGAGGAGGACGAGCUGCUGGUGGAGGACAUGGAGAUGGCCGGCGAGGACGAGCUCCUGUUCCUCAACACCGACGCCGACGCCGGGGCGCCUAUGUCCUCGCUCUUCGACGUCGUCGACGAGCCCUUCCUAAGCUCCCCCUGGGUGACAGCCACCAGCAGCGCCGGCGAGCCAGCCACAGGGGCAGCCGGCGCCGGGAGCUGA